CGAAACGCUUCAAAUACGCAGCUGGCAUUAUUUAGUAGAAAAGGGGAGUAAAGAGUAAGAAAGCUUCGUGUAAAUCUUCAAUUCAAAUGACUGCGACUGCUGUUGAAACAUUCUGGUGGCUAUUUAUGAGUUCCACUCUCUUGUGUCAAGCUACAGUUGCACAACAGAAAUUUUGCGGUCAUAGUCUGGCUCAAGCAUUGGAUUUAAUCUGCAUUAAUGGCUAUAAUGUCUUGUUAAUCAAUCCAUCCCGAAAGCGUUCUGACUCCGACAUGGAGGCAGCACUUGCAACCAAAGACGACUACGCGUCAGCGAAUGAGCUAAAUUUUAGAGGUUUUCCCCUCGGCUAUAGGGUGGAUCCUUUUUUAGCUAAAAUGUUCAAUAUGUUAAUAUCAAUACGUCAUUCGCGUAGCCAGAAGAGGUCCUUUAAAGGCAUUUAUGAUGAAUGCUGUACGCAAAGCUGCACCUAUACCGAAUUAUCCGCAUAUUGCCGGCCUACCUAAUUCAAUUACUUAGUUUUACAAAAAAUUAAACAUAACCAAAAACAUUAGCAGUAAAAAUUUACCAUUCGCCAUUACCGGCCGAGGGACGACCGCUGUUAAGAAAAAACAUUGUUUCUAUAUAUUUUUGCGAUGUUCCUUUGACCCGGGCUUGAACCCAAUCCCGGCGGAGUGGAAGCGGGCACUGUUAACUACUAUGCCACAG